AUGCAUGCUAAUGCUGAUUAAUACAAUGUUAAAGCAGGAGAUUAAUUUUCAAUAUAGGAUCCAAUAAAAAUAGAAAAGAUCUCAUCAACAAGAGUUAUGUUUGAACCAAAAUAUAGGAGAUCAUUUGAAUGUAGUUAAAAUAGAAUAUUGUGUCAAUUAUCAUUAUUCUGA